GUUGGAAACACCAAAAUCUGUUUCACUUUGCCGUAUUUAUAAUUCUUUCGAAUCACCCAGUCGCUCUCUCACUCCACAUUUCCGAGCUCCGAAUCGAGAAGACAUUGCCCCGCUCUCUCUCUCGUUUUGAUGCUAGUUUAAUGGCUGAUUCCAUGAGUUCUUCCUUCUUUGUUCUCUGUUGCUUGGCCUCCUUUUUCUUACUCUUCUUCUCUCACUCGCCAUUGCAGGUCGCGGGAUCCGAUGCCGCCGCCCAUGCCCCCACCCCUGCCAAGCACCGCCACAGGUGGGUCGGCCCCAUCGGGCACCUCCUCAUCACCGUCGGUGUCGACGGGUCCGCCGACUUCGAGUCGGUCCAGGCCGCUGUCGACUCCAUUCCAGAGAACAACAGGAAGACCGUCACCAUUCGAAUCAGUGCCGGAUUUUACAUUGAGAAGGUGGUUGUCCCGGCGAACAAGCCCUUCAUCACGUUCCAAGGCGAGGGAAGAGACGCGACGGUGAUCGAGUGGCACGACAGAGCAAGCGACCGCGGUGCCAACGGCCAACAGCUCCGUACUUACCGAACGGCUUCGGUCUCCGUUUUCGCCAAUUAUUUCUCCGCCAGGAAUAUUAGCUUCAAGAACACGGCACCGGCGCCGAUGCCGGGGAUGCAAGGGUGGCAAGCGGUGGCGUUCCGGAUAUCGGGGGACAAGGCGUACUUCUCGGGGUGCGGAUUCUACGGCGCACAGGACACGCUGUGCGACGAUGCUGGCCGGCACUACUUCAGGGAGUGCUACAUCGAGGGGUCCAUCGACUUCAUCUUCGGAAAUGGCCGGUCCAUGUACAAAGAUUGCCAGCUCCAUUCGAUAGCGACGAGGUUCGGGUCGAUAGCGGCCCACGGCAGGAAGUCGCCGGAGGAGGAGACGGGGUUCGCCUUCGUGCGGUGCCGGGUCACGGGGACGGGCCCGCUCUACGUGGGCCGGGCCAUGGGCCGGUACUCCCGGAUCGUCUACUCCUACACUUACUUCGACGACCUCGUCGCCCACGGCGGAUGGGACGACUGGGACCACGCCAGCAACAAGAACAAGACUAUGUUUUUUGGAGUUUACAAGUGUUUCGGUCCGGGGGCCGCCGCGACCCGCGGAGUAUCGUGGGCUCGGGAGCUCGACUACGAUGAGGCCCAUCGGUUCCUCGUCAAGAGCUUCGUCAACGGAAGGCACUGGAUCGCGCCUUACGACGCUUGAAUGGAUGGCUUCGGCUAUCUGAACUUGCAAAAUUGCCGUUAGAACAACCUACAAUUCUUUGAGUUUUCUUCGUGUUUUCAGGGGAGUAUUCUUUGAUUUGUUCAUUUGAUUCGUAAAUGAGGUUCGAAUUCAUGUCCACUCUUGGCUCGUACAUGUCGCCCGUUUUCCAAACUGAAAUGUCAAUGAAUUCCAGCGCAUUUUUUUUUUCAGUCUGUAA